AUGUACCCUUUUUUCAGUCCCAUUAGCAUCCUUGCCGUCCUAUCUUCUCCAGGUCAUGUCGUGCCGCCUGAGUUCAAGGCUCUUCUGCCGCCCUCCUAUGCCCCCUUCUCUCGUCGGCCGAACCAAUCCGUCUCCACCUCCUGCGUACACAAAGGAAGAGACUUAGCGUCUACCAGGAAAGCAGUAAUUAGUUGCCUACUCGCCUCUCCUAGCAACCGGAGUCCGACUGACUUGGCACGAUGA